AUGGUUUCCGAGACGGAUCUCCACGACUACCCCUCCCUCUUCUCCCUCAAGGGCAAGGUCGCCGUCAUCACGGGUGGCUCCCGCGGCCUCGGCCUGCACGCAGCCUCCGCCAUCCUGCAAGCCGGUGCCUCCAAGGUCUUCAUCUCGUCCCGCAAAGCGGCAGCCUGCGACUCGGCCUGCAAAGAGCUCAACGCGCUCCCGAACCUCGCGCCCGGCGCCGUCGCCAUCUCGGCGCCCGCCGACAUUGCCACGCCCGAGGGCGUCGCCUUCGCUGCUGGCGACGGUCAAGAAGCACACGCCGCACGUCGACCUGCUGCUCGCCAACGCCGGCGCGACGCCGUCUUCGGCGACGAUCCGCGACUUCCCGCCGCUGCCUGCAGGUGCGCGCGUCGGGCAACAACCCCAGCCGCGUCAUCAUCACGGCGUCGGUCGCGGCCUCGGCGUCGGCUCCCCUCGGCGAGCCGGCACCUACGGCUACGCGGCCAGCAAGGCCGCGUCAUCCACCUCGGCCGCAACCUCGCGCUCGAGCUCGGCGGCCGCGGCAUCACGGUCAACUCGAUCGCGCCCGGCUUCUUCCCCAGCAAAAUGUCCAACGGCCUGCUCGACAUGGCGGGCGGGCCCGAGGUCGUCGGCAAGGGCAACCCCAUGGGCCGCCUCGGACGGCCCGAGGACAUUGCCGGCGCCGUCGUCUACCUGGCGAGCCGCGCCGGGUCGCACGUCAACGGCGAGACGAUUGCCAUUGACGGCGGCGCGCUGUGGGCGCGGGCAAGCUGUACGUGA